AUGGACCUCCACGCCCGCUACCAGUCGCCCUUGACCUCGCGCUAUGCCUCGCCCGAGAUGGCCGCCAACUUCUCGGACAACAAGCGCUUCAGCACCUGGCGCAAGCUCUGGCUCAACCUCGCCAUCGCCGAGAAGGAGCUCGGUCUUGAUAUCCCUGAGGGUGCCAUUGAGGAGAUGCAGGCGCACAUCUACGAUAUUGAUUACGAGUUGGCGAUUGCUGAGGAGAAGAAGCGCCGCCACGAUGUGAUGGCCCACGUCCACACCUUUGGUGUUGCCGCCCCCAAGGCUGCCGGUAUCAUCCAUUUGGGCGCCACCUCCUGCUAUGUUACCGACAACGGCGACUUGAUGAUCCUCCGCGACGGUCUCGACAUCAUCAUCCCCAAGCUCGCCCGCGUCAUCCAGCGUCUUAGCGCCUUUGCCGAGCAGUACAAGAACACCCCUACCUUGGGAUUCACCCACUUCCAGCCCGCCCAGUUGACCACCGUCGGCAAGCGUGCCACCCUCUGGAUCCAAGAGUUGCUCUGGGAUCUCCGCAACUUGACCCGUGUCCGUGAUGAUCUCGGCUUCCGCGGUGUUAAGGGAACCACUGGUACUCAGGGUUCCUUCUUGGCUCUUUUCGAGGGCGAUCAUCAGAAGGUUGAGGAUCUGGAUCAGCGUGUGACAGAGCUUUCGGGAUUCAAGGAGUACUACCCUGUCACUGGCCAGACUUAUUCUCGCAAGAUCGAUGUUGAUAUCUUGAUGCCCAUGGCUUCGUUCGGUGCUACCGUUCACAAGAUUGCGACCGAUAUUCGUCUGUUGGCCAACUUGAAGGAGAUCGAGGAGCCCUUCGAGAAGGACCAGAUUGGAUCGUCCGCUAUGGCUUACAAGCGCAACCCUAUGCGCUGCGAGCGUGCCUGCUCCUUGGCCCGUCAUCUCCAGAUCUUGGUGCAGGAUGCUCUUGGAACUGCCUCUGUCCAGUGGUUGGAGCGUACCCUCGACGACAGUGCCAACCGUCGUAUCUGCUUGCCCGAGGCCUUCCUUACCACAGACAUCCUCCUGACCCUCCUCCAGAACAUCUCCGAGGGUCUCGUCGUCUACCCCAAGGUCAUCGAACGCCGCAUCCACCAGGAGCUCCCCUUCAUGGCCACCGAGAACAUCAUCAUGGCCAUGGUCAAGAAGGGUGGUGACCGUCAAGAGUGUCAUGAGCACAUCCGUGUCCUCUCUCACGAGGCUGGUGCGGUUGUGAAGCAGCUGGGUGGAGAGAACGAUUUGAUUCAGAGGAUUCAGAAGGAUGCUUACUUUGAGCCCAUCUGGGCCGAUUUGGCGACACUUAUGGAUCCUUCGACUUUUAUCGGACGUGCCCCUCAACAGGUGGACAGAUUCUUGAAGGAUUAUGUUCAGCCCGCGUUGAAGCCUUUUGAGGAGGUUUUGAAGAAGGAGAGCAAGGCUGAGUUGUCCGUUUAA